ACAUAAAAGUCAGUCUCAACAGAUCAGAAAGGUUCAAAUUUACCCUUAAAAUAAUUAGGAUAGAUAAUCUAGUCUGUUUGCUGUAAUUAAAUAUAAGGGCUCUGAAAUGUGAUGAGUGGAGACCAAAGAAUGUGAGCAUCUCAGUAUACAGCUGCUGUGCUUCACCAUAGUAAAAUAUUAAAUGAAACUCAUAUAUUCAAGAAACUGCAGCUAUGGCUGAACUGACUCAGAGGCUGCUUUGAGCACUGCUUCAAAAAGCAGAUGCGUUUCCUAACGCAUAUGAAAUAAGGGACUAUUUUCCGUAUUACCCUCUCUUCAGGCGCCAUUUUUACACAGGUUACUCGUAACGACACAGAAGGAGCUGCUCCAAGAGCCUCUUGGUGCUGGGUGGCAAGGGUUAAAUAAGCCGUCUCUCUGCCAUUGGGCGGUGAGACUACGGAGAGCCAGCCAUCUGCAAGGCAAGCAGCUGUCGCCUUCACGCAAGAGACGUUAGACAUCAGUGAACGAAAACAGUGUGGAUUCAGCCCAAGACUUGUUGAUCUUUUUCCAUAAACAAAAAGCGGAGCGCUAUGUGUAUGUCUGGAGAAGAAGAACGAGCUGCUGUCUACUGGCUUUAUUUAAACGGUGACAUUCCUGCGUUUUCCCUUAUUUAAAUGCUUAAUUUCACACCGCUGUCAGCAAUGAGUCUUCUCAAAUUAAGCAGCUCAAAUAAAAUGAAACAGCUCGGAGAACCACUGGUUACACCGCCAAAUUCAUAGGGUAGUCUGCACAAUAAAACAAAAUGGAUAAACCCUCCGCAGGAAUGAGUAAAGUCGGCUCUCGCUCGACAGCCUCUCUGCCCCCGGAUCCUGUGGAUAUAAUCCGGAGUAUGUCGUGCUACCGGCGUGUCAAACUGAACGUAGGGGGUCUGCCGCACGAGGUCCUGUGGAGAACCCUGGACCGACUGCCGCGCACGCGACUGGGCAAGUUACGAGACUGCAAAACCCACGAAUCACUCAUGGACAUAUGCGACGACUACAACCUAGAGGACAACGAGUACUUUUUUGACCGGCACCCCGGGGCGUUCACGUCUAUACUGAACUUCUACCGCACUGGGAAGUUGCACAUGAUGGAGGAAAUGUGCGCCCUGUCCUUCAGCCAGGAGCUGGACUACUGGGGGGUGGAUGAGAUCUACCUGGAGUCGUGUUGCCAGGCGCGGUACCAUCAAAAGAAAGAGCAGAUGAACGAGGAGCUCAAACGGGAAGCUGAUACUAUGAAGGACCGGGAUGGCGAAGAAUUCGAUAAUACGUGUUGUUCAGAGAAAAGGAAGAAACUGUGGGACCUACUAGAGAAACCAGGCUCGUCUGUAGCAGCCAAGAUCUUGGCAAUCAUUUCUAUUCUAUUCAUCGUGCUCUCCACUAUUGCUUUGUCUCUUAACACCCUCCCAGAGCUGCAAGACACAGACGAGUUUGGUCAGACAACUGAUAAUCCCCAGCUGGCCCAUGUGGAGGCGGUGUGCAUCGCUUGGUUCACCAUGGAAUAUCUUCUUCGCUUCCUUUCCUCACCAAACAAAUGGAAAUUUUUUAAAGGUCCACUUAAUGUCAUCGACUUGCUGGCCAUCCUGCCGUAUUAUGUCACCAUAUUCCUGACCGAGUCCAACAAGAGUGUGCUGCAAUUCCAGAAUGUGCGGCGGGUGGUGCAAAUCUUUCGAAUCAUGCGGAUUUUGCGCAUCCUGAAGUUGGCACGUCACUCCACUGGUUUGCAGUCACUGGGCUUCACGCUACGACGGAGUUACAAUGAGCUGGGCCUGCUUAUCCUCUUCUUAGCAAUGGGAAUCAUGAUUUUUUCGAGUCUAGUUUUCUUUGCUGAGAAGGACGAGGAUGACACUAAGUUCAAGAGCAUCCCUGCCUCCUUCUGGUGGGCCACUAUUACCAUGACCACUGUUGGAUAUGGGGACAUUUACCCCAAGACACUUCUGGGUAAGAUCGUUGGUGGACUCUGCUGCAUAGCAGGAGUGUUAGUUAUUGCCCUACCCAUUCCCAUCAUUGUCAACAACUUCUCUGAAUUCUACAAGGAGCAGAAACGGCAAGAGAAGGCCAUAAAGAGACGGGAGGCUCUAGAGCGAGCCAAACGCAAUGGCAGCAUAGUGUCCAUGAAUGUUAGAGAGGCGUUCUCCCGUGGUGCAGAGCUUCUGGAUGUGGUGGUCAUGGACAAGAGUGAGAGAACCCAGGACAACCAUCUCUCACCCAGUCGAUGGAAAUGGUCAUCAAAGCGCGCAGUUUCAGAGAGCAGUUCUAAUCGUUCCUUCAACCCAGACCAAGGAUCUCCUAGCAAGGCGAGAGCUUCUAGUCCACAGAGGCUUAAUGCACAGAAACUAGAAGAGAUGUAUAAUCAUAUGGCAAAGACUCAGUCACAGCCCAACCUGAACUCCAAAGACAGAGGUUCAUCCCGAGCAGGCCAUAGAAGGGAUGAAAUUGAGCUGGGAGCCUUGCCAGGUCAAGGAGGUGACCCACUGAUUGGGGGUCGUGAAGGGGUGGUAGACAUGAAAAGUCUGUCAAGCAUUGACAGUUAUAUCAGCUGUGCAACAGAGUUCCAAGAGAACCCACGAUUCCCCUACAGUCCGGCAGGAGGUCUAUCCCUCCCAGAGAGCUCUCGGUUCUCCCACAGCCCUGGUUCUGGCCUCUCUGGUCGGGUCAGUGCUAAUCCGAGUCUGCAGACCACCUUGGAGCAUGAGACUAUGCUCAAACCACCAUGUUCUGGUGCUAAACCUUUCAACAGCGAGGUUUCGCGGCAACAAGGACUUCUCGGAAACUCUCAGAAAAUGCAUACGGUUAGAGUGAAUCAUCGUAAUUGUGGGGAAGCCAGUCCAUCAGGUGGUCCUCUGUCUGACAGCUCAAUUCUUUCUGACUACUCCAUCCUAAGCCCCGAGGUGUCUGUCUACACAACAGCCAGCAGCAGGACACCACCCAAGACACCCGAGAGAAAAGCACUCACCCCUGCAGUCUUCACUUUUCACGACGCGUCCAUCAGCAAGUACAUUGAUGCCGACACAGAUGACGAGGAGCACUUGCGCGAAGGUGGCCCAUCAGAGUGCCUGCUAGGUGGCCUGAGUUCCAAGCCUCGGCUCAGUGGUUACCAGGGGGCCACCAACCACUUGGAAGCUGCCCAAAGGCUGCUCGGUCAGAACUGCCUAUUCCCACUGGGAAGUAGCCCGAGUGUUGGCCAUGAGAACCAUGUGGCUUCAGAGAACUCACGAAGGCCUAAAGGGGACAGGGGACAUUCCAACGCAUUUGAUAAGGGCCUCUGAGGCCUCAGGGUCGUGAGUUGGAAUCCAAAGGGAGUCCAAGAAGGGAAAGAAGGCCAAGUUCAGUCAAGGACUUUGGGGAAAGCAGAGACUAAUGUACAAUGGAGAAUCAUUUUACAGGCAUCUGACCAGGGGGCCUACCCUGAUGACUUUAUGCGGAAGAGUUCACUGGAAAACAGUGGUCAUCAUGUUAUGUCAUUAAGGAACAGGAUCUUUAGGAUGUACCACUGCCUACACCUCUUGCUCUCUUUCCUCUUCUGUAAACAAGCCUGCAUUGGUGCAUCGCAGGGGUAAGAUAAAACCAGAGCGUAUCUGGUUUACAGUUGUUUGUGAAAAGAAUGGAAUGUAUGCUUAAGCUUAAUUAGCUUGAGGCUAAACACUUACCAGACAUUUAAGCGCAGAUGUGUAUGGUAAAUCAAGGGGGACAGUCCGUCACUGCCCACGUCAGCUAGUCACUGUCCAGAGCCCACCUUAAAGAUUAGCAUUAGAAACAUGUUAUACCCUGUUUACUAGUGCACCCUUCCCCUGUCCCCUAAUAAACUGGCCUUACUUAACUGCAGUUAUGGGUCUGCAUACAGUACGGGUGUUUGUGUGCAAGCGUAUUUGAAAUAGGGAGGGCUGAUGGUAUGAUAAUGUGCACGUAUAAAAUAAUUAACAUUCCUGCACACAAGCUCACUCUCCACAUUGUGUGAUUCUACUUGAUUAAUUUAUUUUUAUAUAUACAUGAAGAUUAUCUGUAGAAGUCUCACAUAUUUCUUGUCACAUAUUCACCAGUAUAAGAAUAAACCAUCAAUUGUUUCAUGGGAAGAGACCAAAAUCUGUUUAAAUUUACCUCCCCUCAUUUACUUGUGUGUCAUCUUUAGGACUUUUUUUGUUUGUUUUGUUUCUAGUUUGGUAGAUUUUAAAAGGAUAGCUCACCAAAAAAAAAAAAGUUCUGUCACUGUUUACUUUGUCUCAUUUCAUUCCUGUGUGCUAUAGUUCUUCUGUAUAGCACAAAUAAGGAUUUUGAAGGGUUUUUUGUUUGUUUGUUUGUUUUUUUGUUUUGUUUUUUGUAUACAGCCAGUGGGGUCCCAAAUAUUCUUCAAAAUAUCAUCUUUAGUGUUCUGCAGAAUAAAGAAAUGCAUACACGUUUAAGUGGGUGAGUAAAUGAUGACAGACUUUUCUUUUUUGGGUUCACUAUCCCUUUAAAAUACAAAGGUGUUGUUAUUUAAGAAAAUAACUUGAGAUACGCUUCUUGCUGUGCUUACAUGUGUAAUAUUGUCUUUCAAAAAGCCCAUGUUUAUGACUGCUUUUUUUAAAAUUAUUUAAAAAAACAAACACACAAAAAACAAUUACGUAGCACAUGCAUAUUGGCACCCAAAACAGAAGCAACAAUGAGAACUAAUGGACAACACAUACCUCGCCCUGUUGUUACCAGAUAUUGGUAAAUGAUGGAAGGCUAGAAUUAAAUCUGACCAAGAUAUAAACUACUGAAAAACUUCAGGACAAUUCAACAUUUCAGUUAGAAUUACCAGUUUUUUUAGCAGUAGAUGCUGUCUCAAACACAAAUAUUUCUGAAUAUAAGAAAAAUUAUAUAUUUCUAAAGUAUUUUCUAGAUGAUCAUACGAAGUGAGGGAGAUGGUCUCAUACUUUUGCAUUGCCAGGGAGAAUGUUUAUUUUAAAAUAUAUGAUUUAGUAAAAGGUUUUAUGGGACCUUUUGUGUCCUCAAUUGUUAUUCAGGCUCAACAUACACAACGUGACCAAGAAGACUACCAGUUAAUCCCAAAUAUUUAUCCUUUUUGAUAGCGAGCUCUGUAAUAAGUACAUAAUGCAUGGCCAUGUUUACCUCCAAAUUUAAUACAAUCCUUUCACACUGCACAAACUUAAUAUCCUUAAAAGAUUAGAUCCUUAUCUCCAACAUUGCCAUCCGCACUAUUCUCUAACCACAUGCAUACACAUAGUCCAGCAUGUAUUCACAGGUAUGUAGACAAUGUCCUGAAGACGACUAUAUCCAGUUUCCAUGGUGACCACAUGCCCUCCCUGCUAGCGCUCGUAUCCAAUUUGAAAACCGGGAUAGUGAGGGCUAAAUUAGAUCAAAAUCAUACACUCAAUUGCAUCUGUGUCAACAAAUAGCAUCACUAAAAGUCACAUUGUCAGAAUUUACUUGUCUCUUAGAAUAUGUAUGUGUGUGCAUGUUGUUAUCAGGGGAGUGCGAAGAUGAUGGGGGGAAACUCUGCCUCUCCCGAGACUUGUGAGUGUGUGUACGCUUCCAUCCUUGUCUCAACGAUUUUAGCUGAGUUGAACUGAGGUGCGAACGGAAUACCAAUUUUCUGCAAGAGAGCGGGAGGAGGGUGUGAUUGGGAGGAAGAUGAAAAAAAUCUGCAAGUGAGAGGGAUCUUCCCUUUCCCCCCAAUAAAGAAUAAUUUAUGAAUGCAAUGAUGUGUACUGCUUACUGUAAUGGUGGAAAAGGAAGCUGCUGUCUGAGUGCUAAGGUCCCUUUCUCCACUUGUUGUCUUUUAUGUGGAUAUUAUAUAAUAUCCAUGAUUUGUUGGGUGUAUGCUCCACAUUUAAUGCCCUAUUCAUUCAGUAGAUUCAUAUGGAGUGAACAUAGCGCUAAAAUGUGACUUUACUGAAGCCAUUCAAAACACUCUUUCCUGUCUGUGUGUUAGGCUGUGCCCUGAAGUCAAUGUCAACCCUGUUUUUUUUUUAUAAUGAUCCAUGGGUGAAUCUCACAAAGAAAUGUCUGACAAAUUUCAAAUUUUCAAAAGAAAAUAAUUUGUGUAAUUUCUUUUUUAAUGAUUUAAGCA